AUGUCAGCAGGAGCCAAACAAUACAAAGCGAUCGGUGAUGAUAUCUGGAAGAGGACCGACAAAGUAAACGCAGAGCUCUUCACUCUCACGUACGGGGCGCUGGUCGUCCAGCUCAUCAAGGACUACGAAGAUUACGAGGAAGUGAACAAGCAGCUGGACAAGAUGGGCUACAACAUCGGCACUCGUCUGAUAGAAGACUUUUUGGCCCGGACUGGUCUUCAGAAAUGCCAAUCGUUCGCCGAGACCGCCGAAGUCAUCUCCAAGGUCGCUUUCAAAUCCUUUCUAAAUAUCACCCCCUCCAUCUCCCUCCCCCAACCAUCAUCCUCUUCUGCCCCACCUUCCGCCUCCGCCCCCACCAGCGCCUCUCAGUCGGGCCCGCAAGAGAUCAUUUUCACAUUUGAUGAGAACCCCCUGAGCGAGUUUACGGAGCUGCCGGGAGAUGCCAAGGAGGGAGGACUGUGGUUUUCGAAUGUGCUUUGUGGGGUCGUGAGAGGUGCUUUGGAGAUGAUCCAAAUGCAAGUGGAGACUCGGUUCAUAUCAGAUGUCUUGAGAGGAGACGACGCGACCGAGAUGUAUGUCCGGCUCGUAAAGAUUCUGGAAGAGGAGCAGCCGGAGAAUGACGAGUAG